CAAAGACUAAAGACACGGCAUAUUUUCCGGGAAAACAGAUAAAGCAAAAAAGAAAAAGGCAGGGCAUCUUCCCAGAAAAGAGAUGAGAGUGGAAAUGUACAGUAAGAAAUACUUAGAUAUUGUGGAAUAUAGUUCAAUUACUCAAUUAGCUUUCUUUGUUUAUCCGAGGUGCCUCUCUUCCCUUGCAGGUAAUGGCCUCUUCUUCUUCUUCUUCCAUCACUCCUAAAAUAAAGUAUGAGGUUUUCCUUAGUUUCUGCGGUGUGGACACCCGGAAAAAGAUUACCAGUCAUCUAUAUGAAGCCUUUUGUCAGAAAAAAAUUAAAACUUUCAUUGAUGAUAAUCUUAUCAGAGGAGAAGAAAUUUCCCCAUCUCUCUUGAAGGCAAUUGAACAUUCAAAGAUCUCGGUUAUCAUUUUCUCUAAAGGCUACCCUGCCUCUAGAUGGUGUCUCAAAGAACUUGAAGUGAUAGUUAAAUGUAAGAACAAGUAUGAUCAGAUCGUAAUACCGGUCUUCUAUGAAGUAGAUCCAUCUGAUGUCAGGAAUCAAAGAGGAGAUUUUGGGAUUGCAUUUGGUGAGCUGGAAAAGCGUUUUAUGGAUGAUUUGAAGAUGUUGCAGAGAUGGAGGACUGCUUUGAGGGAUGCAGCCAACCUAUCUGGUUUUGAUUCAAAGAACUACAGGAAUGAAGCAUCACUUGUAAAUAAUAUUGUUGAUGAAAUUUUGAGAAGAUUGGACUACGACUCCUCAAUAAUUCACACCAAUAACCUAGUUGGAUUAGAUUCAUCAAUUGAGGAGAUUGAAAAUUUACUAUGUACAAAGGGUGUUUGCAAAAUAGGAAUUUGGGGCAUUGGGGGCAUAGGUAAGACUACUCUUGCUACUACUGUAUUCAACAAAAUCUUUGGGCAGUUUGAAGCUUCUUAUUUCAUUGAAAAUAUUAGAGAAGAAUUAGAGAAAAGUAGGGGAUUAAAUGACAUGCGCCAAAAACUCAGUCAUGCACUUUUAGGGGAUAUACAUCCCAAUAUUGGAUUCAUCUUCCCAAGAGAAAGACUUAGCCGUAAGAAAGUUCUGAUUGUGUUUGAUGAUGUGACUGCAAAUUUAAAACAAAUGGAUUUUUUAAUGAAAGUUUUUGACUACUUGAAUUCAGAAAGUCGGAUAAUCAUAACGACAAGGGAUAAGCAAGUGCUAGCAAAUUGUGGAGUGCAUCAUAUACAUGAGAUGAAAGGAUUAGCUUUUGAUAAAGCUUUUCAACUUUUUACCCAAUAUGCCUUUACAGAAAGCAACCCAGCAGAAGAUUACAUCGGGCUAUCAACAAGUGUAGUAGCAUGUGUUGAAGGUCUUCCACUAGCUCUUAAAGUUUUAGGUUCCUUUCUAUUUAAGCGAACAAAGAGAGAAUGGGAAAGUGCGCUAAAAAACUUGAAAAGUAUUAAUACUUAUGGGGAUAUUCAGAAGGUGCUAAAAGUAAGUUAUGAAGGAUUACAUGAUAGAGAAAAGGACAUAUUUUUGGAUAUUGCAUGUUUCUUUAAAGGUUAUAAAAGAGAUCUUAUAGAAGCAAUCUUAAAUGCUCGUGACUUGGACUCUCACAUUUAUAUAAAUGUUCUCAUUGAAAGGUCUCUAAUAAUUACUUCAUUUGACACUAUAACAAUGCAUGAUUUACUUGAAGAAAUGGGUAGAGCAAUUGUUCAGCAAGAAUCAAUUGAUGAUCCUGGCAAACGUAGUCGGUUGUGGGAUUAUGCGGAUAUUUUUUCAGUAUUGAAGUAUAAUACGGGAACUAGAGCAAUUCGAAGUAUACGCUUGGAUAUGUCUAAAGUAGCAGAGUUGCAUUUAAAUCACAAAGCUUUCAACAACAUGCAAAACCUACGAUUCUUGGAAUUUUAUGGGUCCGAACCUGAAAACAAGGUGUUUGAAUCUGAUUCCUCUGCAUUGUGCCAUAACAUAAGAUUACUGAAAAAACAUAGGUCCAAGGAUGAAAAGAAGGUGCAUGGUUUUGAGGUCCUUAAAUUUAAUUUCUUUGAGCUAAGGUACUUUUGCUGGGAUAAAUAUCCUGCCAAAUCAUUGCCACACAAUUUUAAUCCAAAGAACCUUGUCGCACUUUACAUGCGCUAUAGCAAAGUUAAAAAACUUUGGACUGGUAAUCAGAAACUUGUUAAUUUGAAACAUAUUGAUCUCAGUCACUCUAAGCGUCUAUGCAGAAUGCCAGAUUUUUCACUUAUCCCAAAUCUUGAGAGCUUGAUUCUGGAAGAUUGUACAAAUUUGCUUGAAAGUUUCUCAUCUAUUCAUAAUCUCCAUAAACUUAUUAUCCUGAAUCUACAAGGCUGCAAAGGCUUUGAUAAUCUUCCAAUCAGUGUUUAUUGGAAAUCUCUUCAAGAAGUUAAUCUCUCCAAUUGCUCAAAUCUCAAGACAGUUCCAUAUCUCCCUUGUACAGUUGAAAAGUUAUAUCUGAAUGGAACUUCAAUAAAAGAAUUGCUAUCAAUAGAGCAUCUAUAUAGACUAGUAAAAUUGAGUCUUAGAAAAUGCUCAAGACUUGAGAGGUUACCUGAGAGUAUUCAUGAGUUGAAAUCUCUUAAAUGUCUUUAUCUCUCGGGUUGUACCAAACUCAACAGAUUACCGAAUGACCUGGGAACUUUAACGACCUUGGAGGAACUUGAACUAGAGGAAAUUGCUUUAGCAAAUAUACCAACAUUUGUAACAAGUUUGAUCAACCUUAAGACAUUGUCUUUUGCAAAAUGUAAGAUGCAAAACCGAUCAAGUAUCCCACUCAUCCAUUUAUCAAUCUUCCAAAAGAUGACAAAGCUAAACCUGGUUGAUUGUUGCAUCGAAGUUUUACCUAACAAUAUUGGUGAAUUACUCUCAUUAGAAUAUUUAUAUCUUGAUCAAAACAAGUUUGAGAGCUUGCCUGUGAGCAUCAAAGACCUUUCUAAGUUGCAAGAGCUUUAUAUAAGAAAUUGUCAGAGGCUUAAAUCUUUGUCAGAGCUUCCAAGCAACUUACUACGUAUGGAAGCAAAGAAUUGCAUAUCUCUUGAAUCAAUAUCAGGUUUACCAACCAUAUUCCUAAGUAUGCGGGAUUCAAUGGAAGGAAUCGACUUCAUCAAUUGUUUCAAACUAAAAUUUGAUGUGACAGAUGCUCUCUUAAAUAUUGAGAGAAAUGCAGAUGUGUGGUAUCGCCUUAUAGACAACAAAACACGAGGGACAACUUCUCUUGCAAAAGCCUGCAUAUGUUACCCUGGAAGUGAAAUUCCAAAGUGGUUUGCCUUACAAAGUAAUACAUCUUUCAUAGAGUUUCUAGCUGGUUGGUUGAAUGAUAACUUAAUUGGUUUUGCUUUGUGUGUUGCUGUAUCAUUACAAGACUAUCAACAACUUAGAAUUAUCCGAGUUGGAUUUAGCCUGGCUGUUAAUGAAGAGAUCAUUUCCUCUGGCCGAUUAUUCAUAUCAGAAGGAUUGAAGGGUGAGGUUAUUGAAUCAGAUCAUGUAUUUGUAGGUUAUGAUUAUAGUAUCAUGUCCUUGCAAUUGCUUACACUUAAUUUGAAUAGCGAGGGUAGCAUUGUGUUCUUUGUUGAACAUGUAACUAAAAAUGGCAAUGUUAUAUCCUUCGUUAAUAAAUGCGGAGUGACUUUAUUGCAUGCCAAAGAUGAUGAUUUGAGAAGAGAUCUAAGAGUGGACAGAGACAAGAGAUUGAAUACUAUAAAUUGCUCUAUUAAUGACUGUUUGAAGUGCUGUCUAAAUUGUUGCGAGGAGCAUGACCAAUGGGGGAGUUUACAAGGAUCGUACGAAAUUUUAAAUAGAUGGUCUCCUCAUUCAGAAAUAUACAAGCAAUGGAUGGUACACGAACUAAUAUGUUCUGAGCUUAAGAAAUAUAUUGUGUACAAUUGAAGCUUGAAGGUUGAAAUGUUCAUACAGAAAGGAUGAUGUAUUGCUUUCAAAGGAAAUUUUCUUCAUUUCUAGGGCAGCUUGUUUUCCUAAGCUUGUUCUCCAAUCUCGGAACCUUUUUUCUAUGGUAUUCUUUAUAGAUGUUGUGGCUCCCUACAUAACAGUUUAAUGGUUUCAAGGUAAAGCUUACUUUAUGUUGCCUUAUGAACUACUCUGCUAACUUUCUGCAAUUUACAUUCGUGCUUUAUGCUCUGUAGUUCUCUAUUCCAAAAUGUUGAUGUGUCUUCUUUUCAAUGCUACUCAAUGUGCUUUCAGGUUGGCUUCAUCUCAAGUAAGCAAGCUAAUGAUAGGCUGGCAACUAGGCGUGCAGAUACAAAUUCCCUUGACUUUAAUUUUGAUGUUCUUUGGAUUUUAUUGCUUGGAAUUGGGUCAUUUUACGCACUACUAAUUAAUUAUGUGUUAAUAUGGUUAUUGCCAUGUGUUGCUGCUAUUUGAUUUUGUAGGCUAUGAAAUGAUAUUGGUUGUUGUUUAAUUCUGCUGUAAACUUGCUAUUAUUCUUUGUUGAGAAUAAUACAUUCACUGAAAAUUAAGUUU